UGUCCCACGAACCUGGACAAGAAUUAUAGCUGCUGCAAAGUGCAUACAUGCACCAUGGCAUCCAACACAGAGUGUACUAUAGAAAUGGACAAGCUAAAUCAAGGGGCACAAACUGACAGUGAUGAGAAAAGUGACAGAACGCAUCAAGAGGCUGAUAAUAAAACUCCAGAGCUAACACAAAAAGACUACCCUAAACAACGGAAAUUGGCAGAAGAAAAACUUGAUCCAUCUAUACCACUCGUCACACAUAGUCAACAUAGCAAAUCAAUCAUCGUAAACCAGGAAGCUAUGAGACUUUUACGCACUAUUAUAAAACCAGUUGCUGUUCUGGGCAUAUGUGGCCCUUAUAGAACCGGAAAGUCGUACUUCUUGUCACAAGUACUAGGUGGAGAUGAUUUCACAGUGAGCCACUCCAGGGAUCCCUGCACUAGAGGAAUCUGGAUGUCCACAAAUGUAUUAGAAUUCGAUGACCACGUCCUAAUACUACUCGAUACAGAGGGUACAGACGCUGCUCAGGAAAGUGAGAGCUCCUCCAGAGAGGAAGUGAUGAGUAUCCUCAUUCUUGUCACCCUACUGAGCUCUUGUUUGAUAUACAAUACCAAGGGCGGAGCAUUUAAAGAAUCAGAUAUCCAGCAAAUGAGCUGCUUUGCGAAGAUAUCUCAAUCAUUUUUGAUAAGCGAAUCUCUCAAACACGAUGACUUGCAUGAGAGCUAUCUCAAGAAACACUUUCCAAACUUUCUAUGGUUGAUGAGAGAUUCUGAUCUUAAAUGUAAACAUGACAAUGGUGAAGAAAUGUCAGUUACUGACUAUGUCCUCCAAAAAAUCUUAGUGACAAACAAUAGAGGUGAUAAACCACUAAGCACGAGAGACAGAGCUGUCAGGAGUGUGCGAGCAAUAUUCCCACAAAUCGAGUGCCUGGAUAUUCCCUCACCAGGUGCAGGUAUUUCUAAUCCGGACAAAAAGCACCUCAUUGACCCAGACUUUCACACGAGUAUAGACUCUGCUAAGAAACAUGUUGUCAGCAACACGCCAGUGAAGCUAGGUUUCAAUGCAUCUACAGUUAUGAAUGGACCAAUGUUGGCUGCUUUACUUGAUGAGUAUGUGGAAGCUCUCAACAAACCAGGCACUGUUCCAAACCUCGAGGUUAGCUACCAGAAGGUAGUUGAAAUAACACUAACAGAAACAACAAUUGACCUAGCCGAAAAGUACCACAAGCAAAUGAGCGAAUUUUUAGACCUAAUGCUCCCUCUAGAAGAAGGAGACAUUGAAGCUCUUAAACAUACACAUUCUGUGCUACUUGAAAAAAGUCUAAAAGAUACCUUAAAGAUGCCUAGUGAUCCAACCGCAACUGUGAAUAAUACAGACACACUGUUUGAAGUACAUGAAAGGGUUUACACAAAUAUAUUGAGUGAAUUCACAAUUGAGUUACACAGACUGAUUCCAGAAGCAGCAGACACAGAUGAAAUACUUCAAAAGGACGAACAAACAAGAAAGAGGCGAUUGCUAAAGAAAUUUGAGAAACUGAUCAUUAAAAUAGACCAGAGUAAUGUAUUGGGAGGAUACAUAUCUCAUGUCACACAGCUCAAUACAGAGAAAUCUGAAGACUCUUGUAAGAAUGUUUUUGAAAAAAUCUAUAAGCACCAAAUACAAACAGGAGCACCAGAACGAGAAGUACUUAAAGAAAAGUACUACGGGCAAGCAGUUGGACCAGCCAAGAACAAAGUGUUUGAUGACAUGAUUUCUCAAAUUCCGGGACCUCCACAAAAUGUAACUAUGAAAUUAGAAACACAAAUUUUAUCUUGGGAGAAGCCACUAGUAAACGCUGAUGCUGUCAACUACUAUUAUGUUGAAUGGUACAGAGAAGGAAAGGACUUUACUAAACGAGAAGUUAAAACGGCUCACACUAUAACUCAAUUUAAACUUAAAAAGCUUAAGCCUAAAACUAACUACAUCAUUAAAGUCAAAGGAUUUAAUGAUCAUAAAAAUAGAUAUGGUGAAUACAGUACUGUUUUUAAAUGCCUGACAAAAGCUGGAAAACCUGAAAAACCGAAGAUGGUUAAAGUAAGUCCACAAACAGAAGAAACAGUCAAGCUUACGAUUACAAUGUUGUCAGAAGCAGAACAAAACGGAAGUCCAGUCACGGACAUCAUUAUCAGCAGACGAAGUGACAAAGAUCCUAAUUGGGAAUCUGAAACUUUAACUGUAGCAGAUCCUUUUCAGAGAGAAUUUCAGAUUCAGGAUGUUCACAUACACUGUAAAAACAAUGAGGAUACAUGGUGGUUUCGAGUUCAAUUUAAGAAUGAAGCUGGAAAAAGUGAACUGAGUGACAGUGCCCAGCUGGAAAUAGCCGAUAUGAUACCAGGAAAGCCAGAGAAUAUCAAAACCAUUGCUAAGGCAAGACAAAUUCAAGUGGAUUGGGAUCCUCCAUUAAGUAACCCAGGAGCGGUAAACAGCUAUCAAAUUCAAUAUUGGGAAAAAGGAGAUGAUCAAGAACCGAUUCCAAUCAAGUCAGUGAGAAAGAAAGUCAGUCACACUGACAGAUCUCUGCAACUAACUUCACUAAGUCCAUACACAGAAUACACCAUCCGAGUUUAUGCUAGAAACGACAAGAACAGGGCAGUCAGUGAAUAUUGUACUAAAGAUGUCCAGACACUAGCCGACAUUCCAGACAAACCACACCCACCAACUGUCAGGGUGACCUUAGCCAGCAAAGCACAGAUAACAUUCGACCGACAAAAGCCAAACGAAGAAAAUGGGAAGCCAGUCAACAAGAUAGCUAUUGAGCGACAAAUUAAAAGAAACGAACAAACCGGAGAGUGGACUGUAGUGGAAAAUCAUUCCCUCGAAAAUUCAACUGAGAGUGAUAUCACUUUGCCAGUUGAAUUAAUCAACCUCACUGAACCUUUAAUUAGCUGCUAUCGUAUUGUAACUAUUAAUUCAAUUGGAAGAAGUGAACCAAGCCAAGCGGUAGAGGUAUAUCCUGAAAAUGUAAUCCCCGGAUCACCAGAAGAGCUUAGUUCAACUCCAACAAAUAAUUCUAUAACCAUUUCUUGGAAAAAACCAGAAAUUAACCCACUAGCAGCUAAGCAGUACCAGAUACAGUACAAAGAAGAAGUGAAGGAAACAUGGACUUCAGAAAAAGCAAAUACAGACACAUUUUCAUGUUCUGUAUCUGAACUUCGGCCCAACACUAAAUACAAUUUCAUUGUACAAGCUCUAAACGGAACUCUAAUGUCAGAGGAAGCUACUUUAAAUGUAUGCACACCACCCUCUGUACCACCAAGGCCAGCACCACCAAUUUUGAUUCCAAGAGGAAGAGAAUUCAUAUUGAAGGCUUAUCUACCCCUACUUAAAGAAAGUGGGAGAGAAACUACAGAGCUUCAUGUUAACUAUUACAACUAUGAUAGAGAUUCAAAAGUAUCAAUGGACUACAAAAUUGAGCAUAUAACAUCGGUAGAGGACAAUACCCACGAGCAGCAAAUACAAGUCAAUAUCGAUGAGACAUGCUGGAUAAGUAUUUGUCUUAGCAAUGAGGUAGGAAAAAGUCAAGAAAGUGACUUAGCUGGUAUAGCUCAUGGUGGGGUGACUCCUGGUGAGCCUGAUAAAUUAGAAUGCACACCAGAAGCUCAAAAUGUCAAGCUAUCAUGGAAUGUACCAAAACUAAAUGGAAAUGCAGCUAAAUACUAUGACAUUCUUACUAAAGACAAAGAAGAUCAAGAGUGGACAAUACUAGAAAAGGUAUCAGUACAUCAAAAAAGGUUUAACAAAACUCUUUCUUUUGAAGCCAAAAUAAAUGGUCUUAAUCCAUUCACAACUUAUCAUUUUGGAGUUCAAGGUGUGAAUAACACAACAAUAAAUAUCUGUGAAGGAGAUAUAGCCGAAUUAGAGACUAAAACGAAGAAAGCCCCCCCAGACAAACCUCUUCAGCCAAAUGUUAAGCCUAUUAUGGGAGAACCAUUGCUUGCUGAACUAGAGCUCAAAAUGUUAACAAACAAGCAAAUGAACGGAAGUCCCGUACACAGUGUCAUUAUUGAAUGUGAGUACAAUAAGGAAACGAAAUGUUCCGAAGUUCUAUUAAUAGCCGAGCAACAGGUAGAAAACACAAAUUCAAAGGUUACGAUUGAUUUACCUAAUCUACGAGAUACAAACAUCCAAACUUACCUAUUCCGGAUCACACUGAAAAAUGGAGAAGGGAAUAGCCCUCCAAGUGAUGCAUUCCUAAUGUCAGUUUCAGAACUACAACCAGGACCACCAAAGAACAUAAAUAUCCCAGAAAUCACAGCUCACACGUUGCAAGUUAAAUGGGAGGAGCCUGCUAUCCAUCCAGCACUUGUUACACACUAUGACAUAGAGAUCAGACACAGUGAAAGAAUUUCUAUUAGUGUCAAGAGUAACGUAAAAGAAUAUACAUUCACUAAUUUGCGUUCAAACCAACAGUACUGUAUCAAAGUUAUUGCCGUAGCUAAAAAAAACAGCGAACCAAUACAAAUGAGUCCGAGUACAUCCAAAAUAUUCCCAGGUGCCCCUUUAUCACUUUUUAUUGACAAAAUAAGCAGCAACAGCGUCAAGGUUCGAUGGAGAAAGCCAAAUAGAAAACCUGAAGAGGUACAUUUUUAUACAGUCAGAUUAAGAGAAGGCAAUUACAAUACGGCUCUAAAAAAUAUUGCAGAAACUAGAAUUCCCAAGGUGAUACAAGUGCGACGUACCAAGGGAAAUUCAACCGUUUUUGAGAAUCUGUAUCCAUUUACAACUUACACAGUUAGUGUAGGCUCAUACAAUGACAACAAAAAAAGACAAGAGGACGCUACAGAAUAUACAGUGUUUAAAACCAAGAUGAGUGCUGGUGCUAAAUUCGCAGCAGAACUUUUUACAGCACCCACGAUAUUUGGUCCAGGUGCUAUAGCAUAUGCACAAAGAACUGAUGAAAACAUAUAUCAAUCAGAUGAUGAAUUCAAAGCCGACCCAGGCUUAUACCCAAGUGUCCCAGAGGAACUCAAAUGGGAAUUGAACGGAUUUAACAAAAUAAAAGUUGAUUGGGAGCUACCGACACAAAACUCAGAAGAAGUACAUCACUUUAAAGUCCAAGUAUCAGAGGAAGGUAAUGAGGAGAUGCUUCACGACAUUGAAAGCUAUGGAACAAGUGAAACAUUUAAACUUGCUGACACCACAAAAACCUACGAAGUUAGAGUGACUUCAUUCAAUUUUUACGGAGAAAAACAACCAGUUGGCACAGCCACAAACACUUUAGUUAUACGAGCAGAUCAUUUACACACACAAGCAUUGCAAGAAGAAAUAUCAUCACUUUAGAUCAAUUGUACAUCACACAGUAUUGAAUACACCUUUUUGUUUUUGUAUAAGAAUUUCACUGUAUAUCGAAUAACUUGUAGGUUUUAUUUAAGUGUACAUCCUUGUAUCAAGUAGCAGAGACUAUAAUCACUUUUUUGAAUGCCAUGCACUUUUGUAAGAUUGUAUUUUCUACAAGGAGAGCGAAAAUGGUGUUUAAUCAUGUUUGCCAUAAA